ACCGGUGGCUACCUAUAAGUCCAGCCCGCCGCGAUGCCGAUGAUCUACACUAGCUGCCCGGAGUAAAAGCUCACUCGCCACUCGGCGUACGGCGCACCGCUGUCCUCCCGUGACCUUUCCUCCUGCUACCGCUACCGGUAAUCUUUCCCUCGCCCACACGCACGGAUCGAUGGACGCCGACGACUCCUCCCCGCUGCACAUCGUCGUCUUCCCGUGGCUCGCCUUCGGCCACCUGCUCCCCUUCCUGGAGCUCGCGGAGCGCCUGGCGGACCGCGGCCACCGCCUCUCCUACGUCUCCACGCCCCGCAACAUCAGCCGCCUCCCGCAGGCCGUGGCGCCGCUCGUCGACCUGGUGUCCCUGCCGCUCCCUCGCGUGGACGGCCUCCCCGAGGGAGCCGAGGCCACCACCGACCUGCCGCCCGACAAGUACGAGCUCCUCCAGAAGGCCUCCGACGGCCUCGCCCCGCCGUUCGCCGCAUUCCUCGACGCGCACAAGCCCGACUGGGUCAUCCUCGACAGCUUCCACUACCUGGCCGCGGCAGCCGCCCUCGACCGGAAGGUGCCGUCGGCGAUGCUCAUCCUGUGCUCCGCCGCGACGUCGGCUCUCUUCGGCCUGCCGCGCGUGUCCCGUGACGUGCGCCAGGACAUCGGGGCGUCGCUGGUCCAGCGCUUCAUGUUUACCUGCGAGAGCUGCACGAUCGUCGCGAAGCGGUGUUGCGUGGAGCUGGAGCCGGAGUCCGUGCCGCUCCUGUCCAAGAUCUUCGGCAAGCCGGUGUCCCCUAUCGGCCUGCUGCCGCCGCCUCUUGCGGGCGUAGGCACCCUUCGUCGCAGCCUGAGGACGAACGGCGCGGCGCCGGCGGCCGGAGGAGGACACGGCGCCGAUGACGCGCCACUCAUGUCCUGGCUCGACCGACAGCCGGCCAAGUCCGUGGUCUUCGUCGCGCUGGGAAGCGAAGCGCCGCUGAGCAGGGUCCUGCUGCACGAGCUGGCUCUGGGCCUGGAGAUCGCCGGAACGCGCUUCCUCUGGGCUCUGAGGAAGCCCGACGGCGUCCUUGACGCGGACAUCGUCCUUCCUCCUGGCUUCGAGGAGCGCACCCAUGGCCGUGGGCUCGUGGCGCUGGGGCUGGUUCCCCAGACCACGAUACUGGCGCACGCCUCCGUGUGCGCGUUCCUGACGCACUGCGGGUGGAGCUCCACCAUCGAGGGGAUGCAGUAUGGGCACCCGCUCAUCAUGCUGCCGUUCUUCGGAGACCAAGGGCCGAAUGCUCGGCUUAUGGAGGCGAAGAAGGUGGGAGUGCAGGUGGCAAGAAACGACAAGGAUGGAUCGUUCGACCGGGAAGGCGUCGCGGCAGCGGUUCGUGCCGUCGCCGUGGAGGAAGAGAGCAGUACGGUCUUUGCGGCUAACGCCAGGAAGCUACAAGAGCUUGUUACGGACACUGCAUGCCAUGACAGGUGCAUCGAUGAGUUCAUUCGGCAAAUGAGAUCUUAUAAGGAGUGAUGGCUUCUGGAAAUAUGCAUUGGAAAUAUGGUAUUGUAGUACAAAAUUGAUUUUUAUUUUUUGAGCGAGAAAAUAUGGUAGUCCAUCCGUCCUGAAAUAAGCGACGCGUGAAUUUGCAUAAGAAACUAUACAAAUUCAUGUCACCUAUUUUCUGACGGAGAGAGUACAUCAUUAACAAUUAACAGUGAUCUGUUCGACGCCCACUUAGACAUAUUUUCAUAUUGUCGCUAUCUUUCGAAUGCAUGUCUCUAGAAGCUACCACUUCUCAUGAGAUCUCAAUUGCUGGAGUAUCUCGUCGAUACACCUCUCAUAGUCAUGGCAAUCGAUGUCAGCAACAAGGUCUUGUAACUUCUUCAGUCACACAGCGAGCGCCUGAAGUUAUUCAAAAACAUCUGGUGAUGACCCGCAAACAAAAUUCAUCUGUUCAUCCUUGUUUUCCUGCUGUUUUCUUUUUUCUUUUUUAAAAUAAGAUGCUCGUUCAUUUGGGGUGGUUGUUUUCAUCGCCCCUGGUGUGUAAUAGUGAUCGACUGUUCGACA